AUGUCCGGGAAUUACGACUAUCCCCCAGCUUCGUCCCGCGGGUCCAACGACCGAGACGUGCUUCGCCUCCAGCAUCUACGCAAUCUAGUCUCGGAACGCAAUCGCUCCGGAGCCUACAAUACCACCCGUGCCUUGGAGACGCUGAACCAAGAGAUCGAAGACCACCACCUUGACCGAGCCCGUGACCGAUCCCACUUCGAGCGGGCUCGUGCUGCAGUUGACCGCCAGAUUCAGCAGCUGGAGUUCUCCAGCCCCGCCGAGCGCAUCCGCAGUAUCUGGCUUGACCAACUUCGCUCCGAACGCCUCGACUCGGACUCACCCCGCCGCCGCCGCUUCGGGUCCGACGACACCUCCAUGUCGCAGCCGGGUACCGGCCGCGACGGCCGCGGGCGGUUGAAGCGCCGCAAGCUGGAUUCGGAUGACCUCCGCGAGGGAAUGCGGGGGUUCAACUACGGCCAGUAUGGACAGGUGGUUCCGGGUGCGUUGAAGAUGGAGAUUGCCAGCUGUGAUGGCGGCACCUACGACCCCGAUGGCGAUAGUUCUUUCCCGGAGAAUAUUCUGCGCAAUGACCAGUCUGUUUAUUGCACCAAGUCCGACCGCUGUAACCUUGUCCUCCGCCACCGAGGCGAGGCGCCCUUCUGCUUGAAGAAGAUCGUCAUCAAGGCUCCUCGUACGGGGUUCGAUGCUCCCAUCCAAGAAGGAAUGGUCUUCGUGGCCAUGACGUCCGAUGAGCUGCUCGCCCGCACCGCCCAGUAUCAGAUCCAUUACUCCAGCGCCCGGCGACGCCGCCGAAAUCGUCGCGGCGAUAUGCAGCCGUCGCAGGAGUACCUGAAUGCCUUCCGUUCGCCCCUUCAAUCCCUUGAGAGAACAGUUCUCAUGGGACCCGAUUCGCAAUCGGCGCCGGGUACUGCGCCCGAUCCACAAACCGAGUUUCGAGUCACGACCGAGUAUGACGAGAGUUCGUCGGAGGAUAAUGUGUUUAUCGAAGAUGAGGGCCCGUCAGUGACGGAGCUCGAACGGAUCCAGGAACUCGAGCGCAUCCAGGGUGAGGAGGAUCUGUUGUGGUCGGAUAGCGAGGACAGCAUGAGUGAUGACGACGACAUCUUCAACCGCCGCCGCCAUGAAAUCCACCAACGCCUCGUGGCGCGUCGCCAGGCCGAUCCGCGCCGUCGCCCACCGAGUCUCGUGGAUCCUCUCCCUCCGCCGGCGCCGGCGCCGGCACCAGCAGCAGCCCCUGCUCCGAAUACCGAGGUGCUGAAGCCGCAUGCCCGAUUUUUUAUCGAGCGCGAGAAGAGCAUGCUGUGGAGUCCCCGCAGUGACGGCAACAUCGACAUUCAGUCCAUCAUUGCCCAUGGAUUCGCCAGCCACCGGUUUAUCCCGGCGCUGGCUGCUCGGUGA